AUGCUUGAAAUAUGCUUGAAAUUUGUUUGCAAGGGCCUUGAAUCCGAGACAUCCACACUGGAGCAAGAAGCAUAUCCAGCUUUAGAUAAAUUAUCCAUCAGUGUCAGCAUGCUUAACCUCCGGCGAGUCAGACUUAUAAAGGGUCGUCUGGCAGCUUUGUUUGGCCGUGUCCAAAAGAUCCGAGAUGAACUUGAACAUUUGUUGAAUGAUGAUAUAGACAUGGCUGAAAUGUACCUAACUGACAAGAUUGUUAAUCAACAACUUGAAGAACUGGAACCACAUGAUGAAACUGAGAAUGAUGCAAAUAUAAUAGAUGAUGACAGUGACGGAGACACGAGAAACAACAAAAUCAGCUCGGCGAUUCUGACGACUCAAAAGCCAAGGCUUGAAGAGUUGGAGAUGUUAUUAGAAGCAUAUUAUGUCCAAAUUGAGGGAACAUUAAGCAGAUUAUCAACUCUCAAGUUUAGAUUGGACAAACAAGCUUUGAGGCAAGCCCUAUGA